AUGGAAGAUUUAGAGAUAAAAUACAAAAUAACACGCUACACGAAUAUUAUCAAAGAAAUACAAAACUGGAACUCGACAGAAUUUGCUGAAAGACAACAAGUUUUAGCUUCUUUGCAUGAAGAAUUAGAAAAAGAAAUCGCAAAAGAAGAAAAAUAUCAAAGCACAAUAUCGAAAAAGCUUGAUGAAAUAGCCGCACUCAAGUUAAUGAUCUCAGAAAGAGUUUCAGAUACAAAUGGAUUUUCAACAAAACUUCCUAAUUAA